AUGAAUGAAGAUCACACAGAUGUAAUAAAUGGUUGCAGCAAAGUUAGAACUGGUACUCAGAAUGAAGCUGCCUUACUGGCUCUUAUGGAAAAGACUGGCUACAACAUGGUUCAAGAAAAUGGGCAACGAAAAUUUGGUGGACCUCCACCGGGUUGGGAAGGUCCGCCACCACCCCGAGGCUGUGAAGUUUUUGUAGGAAAAAUUCCUCGGGAUAUGUAUGAGGAUGAAUUAGUUCCUGUUUUUGAAAGAGCUGGGAAGAUCUAUGAAUUCAGACUGAUGAUGGAAUUUAGUGGCGAGAAUCGCGGAUAUGCUUUUGUAAUGUAUACAACCAAAGAAGAAGCUCAACUUGCUAUUAGGAUCCUUAAUAAUUAUGAGAUUCGUCCUGGAAAAUUUAUUGGUGUCUGUGUAAGUUUGGAUAACUGUAGACUCUUUAUUGGAGCUAUUCCAAAGGAAAAGAAGAAAGAGGAGAUCUUAGAUGAAAUGAAAAAAGUCACCGAAGGUGUAGUAGACGUUAUUGUAUAUCCAAGUGCAACUGACAAGACAAAGAAUCGUGGUUUUGCUUUCGUAGAAUAUGAGUCUCACAGAGCUGCAGCUAUGGCAAGGAGAAAAUUGAUUCCUGGAACAUUCCAGUUAUGGGGCCAUACAAUUCAAGUAGAUUGGGCAGAUCCAGAAAAAGAAGUUGACGAAGAAACAAUGCAGAGAGUCAAAGUGUUGUAUGUUAGAAACUUGAUGAUUUCAACUACAGAAGAAACAAUUAAGGCUGAAUUUAAUAAAUUUAAGCCUGGAGCUGUUGAGCGUGUAAAGAAACUUCGAGAUUAUGCUUUUGUUCAUUUUUUCAACAGAGAUGAUGCAGUUGCUGCUAUGUCAGUUAUGAAUGGGAAAUGUAUUGACGGAGCUAGCAUUGAGGUAACACUAGCCAAACCAGUAAACAAAGAAAGCACUUGGAGACAACAUCUUAAUGGUCAAAUUAGUCCCAAUUCUGACAGUCUUCUAGUCUUCACAAGCAAAGAAGAUAGCCAUCAAAAAUCGCUAGCAAAGCCAGCAAAUCUUCCAGGUCGCCUUAAUGGACAGCAUAGUCCAAGUCCUCCUGAAAUUGAAAGGUGUACUUACCCAUUUUUUCCAGGAACAAAGCUUACUCCAAUUAGUAUGUACUCAUUAAAAUCUAGUUAUUUUAGUUCUGCAGCAAUGCAGUUAGAUUAUUACUGCAACAAAAAUAACUGGGCACCGCCAGAGUAUUAUUUAUAUUCAACUACAAGUCAAGAUGGAAAGGUAUUGCUAGUAUAUAAGAUUGUUAUUCCUUCUGUUGCAAAUGGAUCUCAGAGUUAUUUUAUGCCAGACAAACUCUGCACAACAGUAGAGGAUGCAAAAGAAUUAGCAGCACAGUUUGCGCUACUGCAUUUGGACUACAAUUUCCGCCGAAGUUCAGUAAAUAAUAUUUCCCCCAUUAGUGCUACUCUUUCUUCUGGAACUACCAGUGUGCUAUCUUACACAUCAAGACCCUAUUCUUACCCAAGCUACCCCUUGUCGCCAUCGAUUCCACUUGCUAACAGCAACCAUGUUGGACAGCGUCUGUAUAUCCCCAAUCAGGCUUCAUUUUUUUGA